AUGAGCAAAUCUCUAAUCAAUUAUUGUUUUCCGAUAAUCCGUAGACGCCAAGCAAUUAGCACUCUCGUCUUCUGGGAGAACGGAUCCACUAAAACCCUAUGUGGCUCCAAGAAACAUGUCGCCGGAGAAAUCAUGUUCGAGUUUCCUGAUCAACUUGUGUGCCACGCAGACUCUUUCUUCAUCGGUCGUCCGGUUCCAGCUCUAGCCAUGGACGACUACCUCAUCCCAGGUCAAACCUACUUCGUCUUACCGAUCGAACGUUUCGCCUACAGAAUCUUAACCACUUCGUGUCUCUCAAUCUUCAACUCAAAUCAUGAAAUUAUUCGGUCAAAUAAUCCACCGUUGAAUUUCACCGCCCCGUCGAGUCCACCACCGUUUGAAUAUUCCAAGGGACUAAACGGGAAGAUUCUGAUCAAAGUUUCUCCGAAUUUUAUCAUCAGUCUUAUAUGUAAAAACAGUAACAACAGCAGAGAAGAGGCUAUGAUAGAUUGUGGUGAAAGGACUGAGAUUUGUAACUCUCCCGAGUUAAAGAAGCAGUACGAUCAGCUUGUCGGAACGAGAGAACACAUAUGGUCACCGCAGUUGCAGACGAUCUCCGAGCAUGAGAUUAGGGUUUCUCCAUUAAGGUUCUUGGGGAUUAUUCGGAGACAACAAGAAGUGAAUUGA